CCGGCGGCAUUAUUCUUUCUCCCGGCACUCCCUUUCCACAAAACAUUCGACGAAGGCUUGCGGCAGAGCACCCGAAACAAACUACCACAACCACAAACACCACAAAUUCGUCCCUGGAAACCUCCACCGGCGACUGGACCAACCAAGGCACGCUCCGCAACCAACAGACCACCAAAAGCAAGACCAACCCCGGCCUCCACCAUGAAAACGGCCGCCCUCGCCCUGGCAGCAACAGCCCUCGCCCUGUUUCCGGCCGCGGUGGCGUACGUCUCCCCGCCGCGGCAGCCCUCCCGCCACUCCCGGAGCUUUCCCCCGGGCCUGGCGUACGCCCCCGAUCCCGAAACCGGCGGGCGGAUCGCCGGUACCACGCCGGAGGGCUUUGCCUCCCCGGUCCUCAUCCAGAACCAUCGGGCCCUCCUGGCCUGGAAGGAAACCUACGGCCACCCGAACAUCCCCCUCAAGAACGAGGGGGGGUCCGCCUGCGAGGUCCUCCGGCGGCUCCACAACCAGAAGAAGCUGAACGGGGCGGAGGUCGCCUGGCUCGAGGGGAUCGGCUUUCGCUUCCAUUCCAUCGAGGACGUCUACCGGUUCGCGGACUUUGGCGAGAUGCUGGCCCGUCUCAUGGCCUACGAGGAGGCCCGGCCGGGAAACAACUUCCAGGUCCCCAAGAAGUGCCCCGAGGACCCGGAGCUCGGGGCCUGGGUCACGGGGAUCCGCCGCCUCGGCCGGGAGGGCGUCCACCCGGACCACGAGCGCCGCCUCUGCGACCUGGGCUUUGCCUGGGUCUCGACCCGCAAGUGCGGCUCCAAGUUCAUGCUGAAGUACCGGGAGCUCUCGGAGCGGGCGGCCUCCGGCGAGGACGUCCUGGCCGACACCAAAACGACCGACUGGAUCAGAGCGCAGCAGCAGGCCCUCCGGCAGGGCAAGCUCAGCCAGACGAGGGUCCAGUACAUGGGGCAGCUCUUUGGAGACACCUGGACGACCCUCGGGAGGGAGGCCGGUGGCGGGAGCAGCAGCGGGCGGUGACGGCACCCAAUCAAUCAAUCCAUCACCC